AUGAAAUUUUUACUCGUCCUUCUCCUCUUUGUUGGGUUUUUACACGCCGAACGCAAAUAUCGAUCGGAUAAAAUCAAUUAUAUUUAUGAUAAAGCGUUGCAGCACAUAUCCGAUAUGCAACGAUUGGCAAAACUUGAGAAGGACUUGUCUGGAUAUGACGGAAUUUAUAUGGAUACGAAGAAUCGAUUCGGUUCCGGAAAAGUUGACAAUUUGAACAAAGAGAUUGGAAAGAUUGAUAAAAAAUUGAUAAAUAUUCUAGAGAAAUAUGGAUUGGAGAAUACGAUUCAAGCAUUUAAAGAGAAAACGAAGCAUAAGAACACUUGGGAAUACACGGAGGAAAAUUUAGAACUGCCUUCUGAUAAAUUCACCGACGAAAAACUUCAAAAACUUUGGCACCAAGCCCAAAAUGGAAAAUUCAGCCAAGAAGAGCUGCUUGAACUUCAUAAGGAGCUGAAGGAAGUAGAACGAAAAAUGGCGGUUUAUGAGGAUCAUCUAGAAGAGUUUUCAAAAGUUCCUCACGAGAAUUCGCUACAUUUCGAUCAUCACGAAGAGAAAAUCGGCGAAAAAACGAAAAAGCUUAAAAGGGCGAACAAAGAGCUCAACGAGCAUUUGGAGAAAGUCCAUCAGCGUAUCACCAACGAAGAAUAUUCGCCAUUUUCGGAAUUCAAAGUGAAAAGACUUUGGAAAUUGGCUCAAGAGAACGAGAAUUUCUCAAUGCACGAUUUGAACGUGCUGAAGGAAGAGCUGUCUCAUUUUGAAAACCAAUUGAAGAAAAUUGAUUUUCAUCAGAAGGAAAUUGACACAAUGCGAGAAAUGCGUAACAAGGAAGGCAAAGCUGGAGUACAUAAUAUCGAAGGGGCGGAGCUCGAUGCUCGCCACGAGUUGCUCAACAGAAAAGUGCGCAAAAUGUUUGAUCGUGUCUUGUCGCAAUUCAGCCGAAAACGCGUCGCUUCAGAGGGUGUCGUCGCCCAACAGCAGCAGCUUGCUGAUAAAACCAACUUGUAUGUUCAUGUGCAGAAGCAGGAAUUGCCGCCGAAUGGUGAGAUUUGA